ACUGGCUUGUUCGUUCGUAAUUCAGCGCCGUGUGUUUCGCAAGCGCUUUUUUCUAUCUUUCUAACAAACAUUAGGUGGCUGGUCGCGGCCAGUGGUGACACGCCUGCCUUACCGAAUGGUGCUAAUAAAAAUGUCGUACUAAAAAGUGAUUUUCAGAUAUUCAAUAAAAUUGAUUGCACGCUACUAAUCACCGUGUUUCCCUGUAUUAAAAGGACGUAAUAUUGUCGAAGCAAAACAGCUAAAUAUGGACGACAUUACAUUAUUAACGACGACAGACAAAAUGGAAGCUUUUCAGAAACAGAUGGAAUUCCUGAAUGGAAACGAUCCCAAUAUGGUGAAUCGUAACCAAGAAUGUCUCCCGAACUAUCAACUCCUGAGUUCAUGUCCAGCGGAAGCCGUGGCUGACUUCUACGACGGUUCCGUGAUCCUCGUGACCGGAGGAACAGGAUUUGUGGGUAAAGCCCUAUUGGAGAAGCUCUUGCGGAGUUGUCCAGGUAUUGAGACAGUUUAUAUCCUGAUGAGGCCGAAGAGAGGCCUCACGGUCGAGCAGAGAUACAAAGAGCUUUUGAAGAACCAAGUAUUUGACCACAUCAGGACUCGUUGGCCCGAGCGCUUGAGUAAGCUUCACCCCAUCACGGGCGACGUUUCGGUCCAGAAUCUCGGAGUCAGCGUCGACCAAAGAGAACUGCUGCGGCGUGUGACCACAGUGUUCCACUCGGCGGCCACGGUCAGGUUCACGGAGCCUCUCCACGUCGCCACCACGCUCAACGUUCAAGGCACCGCUUCGCUGCUGAAGUUGGCUGAAGACAUGCCCAAGCUGAAGGCUCUAGUCCACGUCUCCACAGCGUAUAGCAACGCUCCGAGGUCUUAUAUUGAAGAGCGCGUGUAUCCCCCUCCCCAUGAUCCGGACAACAUCGUCAGAUGCACCCGGAUGCUACCUCCGGAGACGGUUGAAGUUAUCGCCGAUAGCUUACAGGGAGAUCAUCCUAACCCCUACACCCUGACUAAGGCGUUGGCUGAGUCCAUAGUGUAUAGUCACACGGAGCUGCCGGUCUGCAUUGUGAGACCUUCGAUAGUGACUGCGGCUUCACAGGAGCCGUAUCCGGGCUGGAUCGACAAUAUCUACGGAGUCACCGGUAUUAUAAUGGAGAUAUCCCGGGGCACGUACCGUUCCGGGUAUUGCCGGGAGCGGUACGUCGUGGACUUGGUGCCAGUGGAUAUGGUGGUCAACUCCUGCAUCCUGGCCGCUUGGAGACAAGGAGUCAAACAGCCGGGCCGCUGUCCCGUCUACAACGUGACUUCGGGGUCCAUCAAUCCGAUCCAGUGGGGCGAGUUUACCAGACUAUGCGUGAAGUGGGCGAAAAAGAAUCCAACGAAGUACGUGAUGUGGUAUCCGAAUUUCUCAUUCACCGAAUCACGGUUGAUAAACACGUUUUGGGAGAUUACGUGUCAUUUCCUGCCGGCUUUCCUGUACGAUUUGCUACUGCGAGCCCAGGGGAGGAAGGCUAUCAUGAUGAAAAUCGCCAGACGUUUCAAAAUGGCCGCGGCGACAGGGGAGUACUUUGCCAACAACGAAUGGCAGUUUGGCGUGGCUGAGCUGCAGGCUUUGCAGGGCGAAGCCAGUUCCACUCGAGACGCCGGACAAUUCCCCUUCUGGCCGGCGGGCUUCGAUUGGGAUACGUACAUCGGGGCGUACAUGUCCGGGAUACGGAAGUUCAUUCUAAAGGACACGGUCGACUCUUUACCAUACGCCAGGACCAAGUUAAAAAGAUUAUUCUGGAUACAUAAAUUACUGCAGGCCGCUACCGGUUAUUACGUGUUCAGAUUGUUAGCCGGUCGUUUACGAUAGCGAUACACAGAAUCAAAUUUGAUGUUUAGUUUUACAAGAAUAUUCAAACGCUUACUCAAAUGAGUUUUGUUGUUUGUAAGCGUAUUGUGAAGUUAUCUUUGUAAGUGAAGAAUAACUCGGUGUUCACCCUAACGCGGUUUCAAUUAUCAAUACAUGUUCUAGUUUAUUUUUACUAUAAAAACGUAAAUAAAAAUUUAGAUACUGUAUUAUUUAAGGCAAUUGCUAGUGGGAUAAACGAUUAAAAACACUUUUACAGUUUAGUCUCGUGUCGAAGUGAUAGCUUCUGAUGGGAGGGUAAUUGAUAAUAUUUAUUCAAAAAUUUUUUUUUAUGUAUAUGAAUUUAUUUAAAUACGAGUAUUUGUAUCUAUAAAUAUUAUGUAUGUUAUAUGUUUAAACAUAUGUAUAAGUACCUAAUAUCACUAUAACACUACAUCUACAAAGGUUCAUCUCUGCACUCCCCUAAGGUAGACUGUCAGAGAAUGCCUAUGGCACUAAGUCUGCCUUUAAACUGUCAAGUAUAGAAAGUUAUAAAUAAAUAAACCGCUUCGUUACGUAACCUGUUAUGGCGCCAGUCUGUCUUGCAUCCCUUUCCCUCUUCGCGGGUCUGUUUUGGAAGGGAUUUCUUAAAAUAAUAAAUGGUGCUGAUGUGUUUUAUUUUCGUGUGCAGUGUACAAGGUGAUUCUGUUGUGUUAUAAUUAAUUACAAACUACCCACAUAUAUAGUUUUUUUUAAAUAAAUCUUUAGAUCUUCAAUCUCUAUCUUGCACGGCGUUUUCUGGGAUUGUCAUCCGAUUCGAGCUUCGAGAAGAUUCCGAAAGCUCAAAAAUUUGCGCUUGUAGCUUUCGGGUGAUUCUGAUAAUAAGCAAAGUGCGAAUCUAUUUUUUUUCCUGCCUAUGCUGAUAGCCUUGAAAGGCUAUAUCAGCUUCUCCUUGACGUGUAGGUGAGCUCACGGGCCUCAAACCGAGGGGUUGUUAACACUGGCCCUAGCAAGAGCAAUGCUUCGCAGAAUCUACCACCGGAUCGGAAACGCCACUGAGAAAAUCCGACGAGAUACUCAAAGGGUUGUGUAUACAAGCUGGACUGCAUGUCGAAGGUUAUAAAUCGGUCUAAUACUUUGUUAGAAGUUGCGUGUUAUAUUUUAGAAUGAUAAGGGUUAAAAAUAAAUAAAGAGAGCGUACAAUUUUA